AUGGCCUCCACAUUAAACAUGCCUCAUCUGAGUGCAAACCCAGUUGCCUUCUCGGGAGGUGGAGGUGGGCUUCGGUUGGCUUCCUCCCGGCAGGUUUCCAUGAAAAGGAACAACACCGACAUGAGUAUGGGGACUAGGAGGAGUGUUGCUGCUUCUGUAAUUGCGACAGGGCGGGUGUCCAGGAGUAUUGAGACCAGCUCCGGUUUGGCUGAUGUUUGGAGGGAGAUUCAGGGUUGCAACAACUGGGAAGAUCUUGUGGAGCCCUUGGACUCACUUCUCCGCAACGAGAUAAUCCGGUAUGGGGAGUUUGUGACCGCGUGUUAUAAAGCAUUUGACCUUGAUCCCAACUCGAAGCGGUACUUGAAUUGCAAGUACGGGAAGCAGAACUUGUUGAGAGAAGUUGGGAUGGAGAAAUCCGGUUAUGAAGUCACCAAGUACAUCUACGCAACUCCCGACAUCAAUAUUCCGAUCCAAAAUGGGGCUAGUUGUGGCCGCUGGAUCGGAUACGUUGCUGUGUCAUCGGACGAAGAAACUAAGAGACUAGGGAGAAGAGAUGUACUCAUAACUUUCCGAGGCACAGUUACUAACCACGAGUGGAUCGCAAACCUCAUGAGUUCACUCACUCCAGCACGGCUAGACCCCCAUAAUCCGCGCCCAGAUGUAAAAGUGGAGGCUGGGUUUCUGAGCUUGUACACUUCAGAUGAAAGUGAUAGCAAGUUUGGGCUGGAGAGCUGUCGGGAACAACUUCUUUCUGAAGUUUCUCGGCUAUUAAACCAGUACAAAGGCGAGGAACUGAGCAUAACUUUGGCAGGGCACAGCAUGGGGAGUUCAUUAGCACUUCUUCUUGCUUAUGAUAUCGCGGAGCUUGGAUUGAAUAGAGAUCAUUCAAGUCGAGAAAUACCCAUUACUGUUUUCUCAUUCGGAGGCCCAAGGGUUGGGAAUUCAAGCUUCAAGGAACGCUGCGAAGAAUUGGGACUGAAGGUGCUAAGAGUAGUGAAUGUCAACGACCCCAUCACAAAGCUACCCGGGAUCGUCUUCAAUGAGAAUUUUAGGGUUUUGGGAGGGCGAUAUGAGUUCCCUUGGAGCUGCUCAUGUUAUGCUCAUGUAGGUGUGGAAGUAGUCCUCGACUUCUUCAAGAUGGAAAACCCUUCAUAUGUUCAUGAUUUGGAAAGCUACAUCAACCUACUGAAAUGUCCCCAAAGAGUUCAGGUUCAAAAGGAUGGCCCUGAUUUCCUGAGCAAAGCAAGAGAGUGGCUCUUGGGUACACAGAAUUUUAACCCUCUGCCAUGGAGGAACGCUGCAAGCAAUAUGGUGAACUUGGUUCAAUCUCAAAGGACAUGAAGUCCCUGAUAACGGUUUGGGGAUAUUGGAUGAACUCUUCAGCCAUGUACAGGUUUUAAAUUGGCAGAGGGGAUUGUCCAUUAACAUAGGGAUACAGUGGUUAGACU